AUGGCGCCUCUUGUUCCCUCUCAUGAGGAGCUGCAGCGUCGCCGAAUCAUCGGCAUCAACGCGGAAACCGUCACCAACAUCCCCUCCACGGAUUUCCCAGGCCACUGGCCCGGAGAGUCGCAUGGCUGGGCAAUUGAUCAGUUCAAGAAAGAUUUCCAAGUCGAGUUCCACAGCAAUGACCAGUUCGAAGCCUCGUUUUCUCUGAUCGGACUCGACGCCGCAGUCGCCAACGCCUUCCGUCGUAUCCUGAUGGCCGAGAUUCCGACUCUGGCGAUUGAGUACGUCUACGUGCACAACAAUACCUCCGUCAUCCAGGAUGAAGUGCUCGCACAGCGACUGGGUCUUAUCCCGCUCCAGGGCUCUGUCGAGGGAAUAAACUGGAUGCACUGGUUUCGGAAGCCGUCAGAGGAUGACGAGGGCACGGAAGCCAACACUCCCAGCGAUUUUAACACCGUCGUCCUGCGCCUGGAGGUCGAGUGUACCAUCAACCCGGAUGCCGCCGUGGAUGAGCAGGAUCCUCGCAAGAAAUACAACAACGCCCAUGUCUACGCAAAGGAUAUUGUGUUCGUCCCCGUUGGUCGCCAGGAAGAGUACUUCGUGGAUGAGGGUGCCAUCCGGCCCACCAAUCCGGACAUCCUAAUCGCCAAGCUGCGCCCCGGCCAGAAGAUUGAGAUGGAACUGCACUGUGUCAAAGGUAUUGGGGCCGACCAUGCCAAGUUCUCGCCCGUUGCGACAGCUACCUACCGUCUCCUGCCGGAUAUCCAGAUCGAGCGCCCGAUCAUUGGCGAAGAUGCUAAAAAGUUCGCCAACUGCUUCCCCAAGGGGGUUAUCGGCCUCGAGACUGUUACGAGGGAGGAAGCCGCGCGUCGUGGAAGCGGAUACGAGGGACAUGCGGGCGAGCAGAAGGCCGUUGUCAAGGAUCCAUUCAAGGAUACCGUCAGCCGCGAAUGUCUGCGCCAUGAGGAAUUCCAGGGCAAGGUCAAACUAGGACGAGUGCGGGAUCACUUUAUCUUCAACGUGGAGAGUACCGGCCAGUUCGACAGCGAUGUCCUAUUCCUAGAGUCGGUGAAGGUGCUGAAGCUCAAGUGUGCCCAGUGGAAGCGAGGUCUGACCGAUCUCAUGGCAUAG